AUGAAAGGCCCCCGCUGUGUCGUGGAGGGCUGCGAGUCCGUCGCCAGUCGAGCCCCCCCCGGCGGCACCGCUGGAAUCGUCUGCAUCCAGCACUCGCAGCCGGGGAUGGUGAACUUGGUCAACUGGACGCAGUGCUCGGGUUCGAACUGCGGGAAGUAUCCUACCUACGGGGUAGAGGGGACCAGCAACCGGGAAUAUUGCCGGGAGCAUGCGUUGUCCGGGAUGGUGGACGUGCACCGCAAGAAGUGCGCCGUCGAGAACUGCCCCACGCGAGCAUCGCACGGGGUGAAGGGCUCGGGGAAGCGGCAGUACUGUGCGAUGCACGCGGCGGAAGGCAUGUCGGACGUCGGGCAGAAGUUGUGCCGCUUCAGCAGCCAGGAGGAAGGGGACUGCGAGUCGAUCGCGCGCUACGGGGUCCGCGGCAGCAAGAAGCGGGAGUUCUGCUCCCAGCACUCUCCCGAGUGGAUGGUGAACUUGAAUGACAAGCUGUGCCUCUUCGGCGGCUGCUCUAGGCUUCCCACGUACGGGCAGCGGGGGACGAAGGCUCUGCGCCGAGCCGUCGUGCACGAGCCAACCGACCUACGGGAACCCGGGGAGCCGGAAGCGGGAAUUCUGCCGCCGGCACGCGCUCGAGGGGAUGACCGACUUGGCUCACAAGACGUGUGCCCAUGCCGGGUGCAAGAAACACCCCAAGUACGGGGUCCAGGGCAGCAACCGGCGAGAUUUCUGUUCCCAGCACGCGAAGCGAGGUAUGGUGCACCUGGGGAACAAGAAGUGCAUGCAGCGGGGUUGCCAGCUGCGCCCCGACCACGGCAACCCCGGGACAAAGAAGCCGGAGUUCUGCUCCCAGCACAAGAAGCAAGGUAUGGUCAAGGUGGCUGACGUGGUCACGGCCGCUCCCCUCGCGCCAGACAGCACGCAGAGUACAGAGAAGCGGAAGAUCAAGCCGAACCCCUCUGAACGCCCCGUCGAUCUUAAAAGGGUAAAGCGCAAUCCGGAGAGCAUAGAAUUGCCCGGUUUCUCGUUUUCACGAGAUCCACCGGCGGUUGCACCGGCAACCGGACCUCUGGAUUUGCGCGCGGUGGCCGCCUCACCUGCCGUUUUCACCACGUUUUCUUCCACUGCUGCCUCCGGAGCUUCUUCCGCUGCUGCUGUUGCUGCUGCUGCUGCGGCGGCGGCGGCCGUAGCCGCGGCACGGGGGGUGGCGAUGACGACGGUUGCGGUGGGGGGGGUAGAAACGGCGGGCAGAGCGAGGGUGUUGGAAGCGGCACCAAGGGGGGCAACUGGCGAUACAAAGAGCGCCGCGACCUUUCAGUUUUCACCGGGAAGCAGCGGGGGAAGCACUGGAAUGACCGCAGGGCUCAGGACGGCACAACAAGGUGACCUCGGUGCCUCGCGGGCUUGUCAGGGCAGCGGUGAGGUGACCGAUGUGCACAACGGAGGUGUUGUAGCUGGAGCCGUUGCCAAUUACCAAGGCGAACACGGCGGAGAAGGCGCGCCCGCCGCUUUCAGGGGGCAACGAGCUGAUGGUGCUGGGAACGUGGCCGCUUCGCAUGGAGUAGCACGAGGCGCUGUUGGUGCAACCAGUCUC